CGCCCCCAUGCCCGAGCCCGGCCCCAGGAUGAACGGCUUCUCGCUGGGCGAGCUGUGCUGGCUGUUCUGCUGCCCGCCCUGCCCGAGCCGCAUCGCCGCCAAGCUGGCCUUCCUGCCGCCCGAGCCCACCUACACGGUGCUGGCGCCCGAGCAGCGCGGCCCGGGCCCCGGCGCGCCCGGCGCGGCCGCCCCGGCCCCCGCCCCGGCGCCCGCGGCCAGCCCCGCGCCGGCGGCCGAGGAGGGCGCGGGCCCGGGCGCGUGCAGCCUGCACCUGAGCGAGCGCGCCGACUGGCAGUACUCGCAGCGCGAGCUGGACGCCGUCGAGGUCUUCUUCUCGCGCACGGCCCGCGACAACCGGCUGGGCUGCAUGUUCGUGCGCUGCGCGCCCUCCAGCCGCUACACGCUGCUCUUCUCGCACGGCAACGCCGUGGACCUGGGCCAGAUGUGCAGCUUCUACAUCGGCCUGGGCUCGCGCAUCAACUGCAACAUCUUCUCCUACGACUACUCGGGCUACGGCGUCAGCUCGGGCCGGCCCUCCGAGAAGAACCUCUACGCCGACAUCGACGCCGCCUGGCAGGCGCUGCGCACCCGGUACGGCGUGAGCCCCGAGAACAUCAUCCUGUACGGACAGAGCAUCGGGACGGUCCCCACGGUGGACCUCGCCUCGCGGUACGAGUGCGCUGCUGUGAUCCUCCACUCGCCUCUGAUGUCGGGUCUGCGCGUGGCUUUUCCCGACACCAGGAAAACGUACUGCUUCGAUGCGUUCCCCAGCAUUGACAAGAUUUCUAAAGUCACCUCUCCGGUGUUGGUCAUUCAUGGGACCGAAGAUGAGGUCAUCGAUUUCUCCCACGGCCUGGCCAUGUAUGAGCGCUGUCCCCGAGCCGUGGAGCCCCUCUGGGUCGAAGGGGCCGGGCAUAAUGACAUAGAGCUUUAUGCACAAUACCUAGAAAGACUAAAACAGUUCAUAUCUCACGAACUUCCUAACUCCUGAAGACGACUUGAUUUUUACCUCAUUUACUGUGAACACAAGGGUCCUCUUUUUGCACACGCUUUAACUGGGUAGCGGUCACCGCGCGAUGACCACGAGGAAGUGCCCGGCCUGUAGGGUGUUCUCGUCAAAGAGCUGGGGGAACCUCAGCCGUGUAGCUAGAGAAUUUCUACUAAUUCACACAACCUCUUAUACUGAACUGCUGUGAUUUCCAGCUUCGGGACCUUGGGGGGGAUUGGGAAUGAGGGCUGGAGGUGGGGACGGGUUUCUUGCUAUCUGAGGAUGCUCCCAUCUGUGUCUCUUCCUUACCCAUCUCUUAGGAUUCAUUUACGCAGGACUCCCCCUCCCUCCCCUCCCCCAUGCCCUCUGCAUUCGCGGGGUCAGUCCAUCAGUGAAGCUGUGAUAGAGCAACUGGAAAGCUGGUGACAGAAAUUCCUUUAACUUUUGUUAACGUGCCGACCUUUCCCCCCAAACAGAUCAUUUGAAGGUUCUUUUCCUGGAACAGCUUCACCAACUGGAACCCUAGACAUAUAACUGGAAUAUUCUUAAACAAAAAUAACUGGGUGUAUUGGUUUUGGUUUUUUGGUGUUUUGUUUUGUUUUUUUCCCAGUGUAAAUUUAUGACUAGCCAACAGACUUUUCCUCUUUUGAUUGGUUCGCCUACCAAGAGCCGGAUUUCCACCUGGCGAGUCCUCCUGAGAGGGUUUUUAAAAAGUCCUGUACAUAUUUGCGACCAUAUUGUGCAUAGAUUCUUAAUGGGUAGAUGUCCUUUGUCAGGGUACACCAAUGAACUGCAAAUUCCUUGUUUGUAAUGUAAAUGAUUGGAUACAUUUUGUUAAUAUGUUUUUAUUCCUA